AUGCCAUUGUCAACUGCCCACCACAUUGUGCUGAAUCCCAAUUCGACCUAUGCGUUUAAUCGUCCAAAUCUCGCCCCGAUUUCCAGUUCUCUUAAACCCCAGAACCUCAAAUUUUCUUCCUUUUCGAAUUCCGAGCUAACUCCUCUAUAUUUAAGUAGCACUAGAAAUCGCCGUCUCUUCAGCUCUGUGAUAGCUGCUGCUGCCAGGAACUCUGCCAAACCCGAUUACUACUCCGUUCUCAAUGUCAGUAAAAAUGCUUCCUUGCAAGAUAUCAAAGCUGCUUACCGAAAACUUGCUCGAAAGUAUCAUCCAGAUAUGAAUAAGAGCCCAGGAGCUGAAGAAAAGUUCAAGGAAAUCAGUGCUGCUUAUGAGGUGUUAUCAGAUGAUGAAAAAAGGUCUUUGUAUGAUCAACUUGGAGAGGAGGGUUUGCGCGAAGAGUUUGGUGGUUCUCAGGGAGUGGAUCCUUUUGAUAUAUUUUCUCAAUAUUUUGGUGAAUCAACAAGCAGUUUCUUUGGAGGAGAUGGUGAACCUGGGGGUUUCAACUUCAACUUUAGGGGCAAGGGCAAUCAAGAUCUUGACAUUCGGUAUGACCUCUAUGUAAGCUUUGAAGAUUCAAUUUUCGGGGGACAGCAAGAAAUUGAAGUACCAUGUUUGGAGACUUGUGAUGAUUGUGGUGGAACAGGUGCGAAGUCUCGCAGUAGUAUAAAAGUAUGCACCGAGUGUGGAGGUAGAGGUGGAGUAGUUAAAACACAGAAAACUCCUUUUGGACUAAUGUCUCAGGUGUCAACAUGUUCAAAAUGUGAUGGGGAAGGGAAGAUAAUUGCAGACCAGUGUCGGAAAUGUAGAGGCCGUGGUCAAACACAAUCGAAAAGGAAAAUCAGUGUUGUGAUCCCGCCUGGUGUUACUAAUGGUGCUACAAUGCAAGUCCGAGGAGAGGGCAAUAUUGACAGGAAAAGGGGUGUAGCUGGUGACCUCUAUUUAGUUCUCCGGAUAGAGGAAAAGCAAGGGAUUCGGAGGGAAGGUCUUAAUUUAUACUCAAAAAUCAAGAUCGAUUAUACCGAGGCUAUCCUUGGUACUGUUGUCAAGGUCAAAACUGUUGAAGGUUCGAGAGAUCUUAAAAUUCACCCUGGAAUUCAGCCUGGUGACACACUUAAAUUACCUCGUUUAGGAGUUCCAGACGUGAAUAGACCUUCAGUACGAGGUGAUCAUCACUUUGUCGUGAAUAUUCAGAUACCAACAAAGAUCAGUGAUGCAGAGCGCUCUCUUGUUGAAGAGUUGGCUUUGCUUCGGAAAACAUCGCAUCGCAAUGCUUCUUCCAGUGGGGAGUUUGAAGGUGAUUACCAAGAACAAUAUCAAAACCCUGCUUCAGAUCAUGGACGGGGAAGCUUUUCAAAUGUAUGGAAGUCGAUCAAAGGCUUCUUGGGAGUAGUGUCUCUGCUUAUGGCCAAUCUUGAUAGAGAGGACAAGUGUCCAUGGAUAAAGAGAGUUGCAUCAGAAGGUUCUGUUCCACAUGGUGAUCCGGACAACUGUUCGAAUGGGUGGGCUACUCCACCUGGUGAUAUUUUUAAAGUUAGGGGGCCGGAUUAUUUUUCAACAAAGAUCAAGGUUCCUGCUGGUGAAUAUCUUCUAAAGCCUCUAGGUUUUGACUGGAUAAAAGGUUCGACGAAACUUUCAGAGAUUCUAAAUAAUCCAAAUCAUCGUGUUCGGAAAGUACUCCGGGAUGAAGUUCCUGCUGGAGUCAAACCAUUUAUCUGGGCUUUCAACCUGCAAGUUCCAAGCAAGGAAAAUUUCAGUGCUGUUGCUUAUUUUGUGACUGUGAAUGAGAUUGUGGAGGGAUCUUUAAUUGAUCAGUUCUUGAAAGGUGAUGAUGCCUAUAGGGCUUCUAGGUUGAAACUGAUUGCCAAUAUUGUGAAGGGACCUUGGAUAGUGAAAAAGGCAGUAGGCGAGCAGGCUAUAUGCAUAAUUGGUCGGGCACUAACUUGCAAGUAUGUCUUGGGAGAUAAUUUUGUGGAGGUUGACAUAGACAUUGCAUCUUCCAUGGUUGCAAAUGCAAUUGUUCAUUUGGCUUUUGGCUACUUAGCAACUCUCACUGUUGAUUUAGCUUUCCUUAUUGAGAGUCAGACUGAGUCGGAGCUUCCAGAGCGAAUUUUAGGAGCAGUACGAUUCUCUGAGCUGAAUGCAGAUUCUGCACAGCCAAUUGAAAUGCAUUCUGAGGGUAGCAUGGGUAGUUUGCAGUCUUCUCUUUCAAUGCGAUUAUGGAAGUCCAUUGGACAGGGUUUUACCCACCUUAUUCAUCAAGGUGCUCAAGAAAGUAGUUCCAGUGUUGAUUCUUCUAAUGUCAACGGAGUCGGUGACAAUGACAAAAGUAAAGAUGAUGUGAAUAAAUGGGAUUAG